AUGUCAGAAACAAACGUUGAGAAACAAGUUGAGGGCAUGUCACUGAAUGAGACUGCCACUACAACAACAUCUACUGCUCCAGUUGCACAUCCAGAGAAGCCCAUUGGUGGUGGACUGACUGUUCAGGAGAGAUUGAAUUUGAUCAAGUUGGUCGGCGAAGAGAUUGUUAGUGAGGAGAACCUCGCUGGUCUGCUCACCGCCAAGCCAAAGCUUAGAUGCUACGAUGGUUUUGAACCAUCGGGCAGAAUGCACAUUGCCCAGGGUAUCCUCAAGUCGAUCAAUGUCAACAGAAUGACCCAAGCUGGAUGCACAUUCAUCUUCUGGGUUGCCGACUGGUUCGCCAUGUUGAACAACAAGAUGGGAGGUGACCUCAACAAGAUCAGAAAGGUCGGACAAUACAUGAUUGAGAUCUGGAAGGCAACAGGUAUGGACAUGGAGAACGUUGAGUUCUUGUGGUCAUCUGAUGAGAUCAACAAGAAUGCCAAUGACUACUGGCUCAAGGUGAUGGACAUCUCGAGAAAGUUCAACAUUCCACGUAUCAAGCGUUGCGCUCAGAUUAUGGGUCGUAACGACGAGGACGAUCUGUCCGUGGCCCAGGUGUUAUACCCAUGCAUGCAGUGCGCCGAUAUCUUCUUCCUCAAGGCCGAUAUCUGCCAGCUGGGAAUGGAUCAGCGCAAGGUCAACAUGUUGGCACUCGAGUACUGCGACAAGUCAAAGAUCAAGCACAAGCCAGUGAUCGUGUCGCAUCACAUGCUGAUGGGUCUGAAGGAGGGCCAGGAGAAGAUGUCCAAGUCCGACCCAGACUCAGCCAUCUUCAUGGAGGACACCGAGCAGGAGGUCUCCACCAAGAUCAAGAAGGGAUUCUGUCCACCAGGCGUCAUUGAGAAGAACCCAAUCAUGGACUACUUGAAGCACAUCAUCUUCCAGAAGUUUGAAACGUUCACCGUUUUGCGUCCAGACGACAAGGGAGGCAACAAGACCUACACCUCGUACGCCGAGUGUGAGGCUGACUUUGCUUCCAACGCGCUGCACCCAAGCGAUCUGAAGCCAGCCGUCGCCCUGGCCAUCAACAAGAUUCUGCAGCCAGUCCGUGACCACUUUACCAACAACAAGGAGGCUGCUCUCCUGUUGAAGACCAUCAAGGGAUACAAUGUCACUCGUUAA